GCGCGCCGCUGCGCCGAGCAAGCGGAGCCGAGCGGAGCCCAGCCGGGGGCGCUGAGCGCGGGAGGCGGUGGCGCGGAGCCCAGGUGACGCUCUGCCGAAUGGGAGAGCCCGGGCCCCUUGGAUGAAGUGGCUGCACGCACCAUGUCAUCAUGUGUCACUAGCCAGCUCAGCAGCGACCAGGCCGCCCCCCAGGAUGAGCUGGGGGGCGGGGGCGGCAGUAGCGAAAGCCAGAAGCCCUGUGAGGCCCUGCAGGGCCUCUCGUCCUUGAGCAUCCACUUGGGCAUGGAGUCCUUCAUCGUGGUCACCGACUGUGAGCCGGGCGGUGCUGUGGACCUCGGCCUGGCCAGGGACCGGCCCCUGGAGGCCGAUGGCCUACAGGCCCCCCUUGACGCUUCGGGGCCCCAGGCCCUGCUCCACCUCUCAGGUCGCAAGCUGUCCCUGCAGGAGCAGUCCCAGGGUGGGCCGGCGGCCAGCAGCAACCUAGACAUGAACGGCCGCUGCAUCUACCCGUCCCUGCCCUACUCGCCCGUCAGCUCCCCGCAGUCCUCACCGCGGCUGCCCCGGCGGCCCACCGUGGAGUCUCACCACGUCUCCAUCACAGGGAUGCAGGACUGUGUGCAGCUGAAUCAGUACACAUUGAAGGAUGAAAUUGGAAAGGGCUCCUAUGGUGUGGUCAAGCUGGCCUACAAUGAGAACGACAACACGUACUAUGCGAUGAAGGUGCUGUCCAAGAAGAAGCUGAUCCGACAGGCUGGCUUUCCACGUCGCCCCCCACCCCGAGGCACCCGUCCUGCCCCUGGAGGUUGCAUCCAGCCCCGGGGCCCCAUUGAGCAGGUGUACCAGGAAAUCGCCAUCCUGAAGAAGCUGGACCACCCCAACGUGGUGAAGCUGGUGGAGGUCCUGGAUGACCCCAAUGAGGACCAUCUGUACAUGGUGUUUGAACUUGUCAACCAAGGGCCCGUGAUGGAUGUGCCCACCCUCAAACCCCUGUCUGAAGACCAGGCCCGUUUCUACUUCCAGGAUCUGAUCAAAGGCAUCGAGUACCUACACUACCAGAAGAUCAUCCACCGGGACAUCAAGCCUUCCAACCUCCUGGUUGGAGAAGAUGGGCACAUCAAGAUCGCUGACUUUGGUGUGAGCAAUGAGUUCAAAGGCAGUGAUGCCCUCCUGUCUAACACCGUCGGCACACCUGCCUUCAUGGCACCCGAGUCGCUUUCGGAGACCCGCAAGAUCUUCUCUGGGAAGGCCUUGGAUGUUUGGGCCAUGGGUGUGACGCUGUACUGCUUUGUCUUUGGCCAGUGCCCGUUCAUGGAUGAGCGGAUCAUGUGUUUACACAGUAAGAUCAAGAGUCAGGCCCUGGAGUUCCCAGACCAGCCUGACAUAGCUGAGGACCUGAAGGACCUGAUCACCCGUAUGUUGGAUAAGAACCCGGAGUCAAGGAUUGUGGUGCCGGAAAUCAAGCUGCACCCCUGGGUCACGAGGCACGGGGCCGAGCCGUUGCCAUCGGAGGAUGAGAACUGCACGCUGGUCGAGGUGACCGAAGAGGAGGUGGAGAAUUCUGUCAAACACAUUCCCAGCCUGGCGACCGUGAUCCUGGUGAAGACCAUGAUUCGGAAACGCUCCUUCGGGAACCCAUUUGAGGGCAGCCGGCGGGAGGAGCGCUCGCAGUCUGCCCCUGGGAACCUGCUCCUCAAAAAAACAACCAGGGAGUGGGAGCCCCAGUCUGAGCCCAAGGAAGCAAGGCAGCGAAGACAGCCUCCAGGGCCCCGAGCCAGCCCCCGUGGGGGAGGAGGAAGUGCUCUUGUGAAAGGUGGUCCCUKCGUGGAAAGUUGGGGGGCCCCCGGCCCCAGCUCCCCCGCACAUGUGCUUCCACAGCAGCCCGAGGAGGCACUGGAGCCGGAGUAGCUGCCUGGACGCUCGACCUCGCAUGCCUGGCCAUGUUGCCCUGCACGGGCUGCUGCACCCUGCGUUUCCAUAGCAGCAUGUCCUACGGAA